UUCCCACAGCAAGCAGAGGCAGCACCAGACUGUCCCGGACAACGCAGCAUAGAGGGACUCGGCUGUUUGGAUGGCAAUAAUGGAGCCGAGCUGGCGUUAACUGCCUCACGGUGACGCGUAGAUAACUGCCGGAGGAGAAACGCGGUCGGGUUGUCAAAUAUAUCACUCGACUAUCUCCACAGACUGGACUCAACAUUUAAUGAACGUGUCGCGACUCCCGAGUCUUCCGGGGUAUUCAGUCGAUUCUCGUCGCGAGCGUUAGCUAGCCGCUAACCGAACUAACGUCAACUGGGGACAAGUUUGGACACAGUGAUGGGUGGUCUGGGAAACGGUCGUCGUGGGGGAAGAACACCCCCUCUAAUGAUUGGCGCUCUAAUUGCCUGUAUCCUGGUUCUGGGCUUCAACUACUGGGUGUCAAGCUCCCGCAACCUGGAGCUACAGACUAAGAUGUAUGAGUUGGAAGGCCAGGUGCGACGUGGAGCAGCAGAGCGAGGAGUAGCUGAGAUGAAGAAGAAUGAGUUCCAGGAAGAGAUCCAGAGACAGAAGGAGCAGAUCAGCCAUAUAGAAAGCCUCUAUAAGAGACAGCUGGAAGGAUCUCAGAACACCUGCAGCCAAGAGAAGGGCACACUGCAGCAGAACAUUUCCUCCAGUACCAAAACCAUCCAGGAACUCAAAGGUCAGUCGACUCAGCUAAAUGAAGACCUGGGAAAGCUUCAGAAGGAGCUACAGAGUUGCCAGAGCAACAUCAAAACCCUCAACAACAAACUCACUUAUGAUAUGACACAUUGUCAGUCCCAGGUCCUGUCCCAGAAGGAGUUGUGUGAUGAGAGAGUGGCCGCUGCUAAACUUGAAGUUCAAAAGAAAAAGGAGAAGCUCAUCUCUCCCUCAGGUGUCUCCCCACAGCAGGAAAACACUGUGGAUGGACCAGCAAAUGAGGGCGGACCAGUCAUGACUGAGGUUUAUGCGGUUAAGACAGUAACUGUUGUAAGCCACACACCAAGCCUCUCUCAGCCCAAAGGAAAUUAUCCACCUGAACUACUGACCAAUGAGAUCAUCAUGGACCAAGAUGCCCCAGUAGACCUGCCUUUACAGAAGGACCUCUCCAAAGUAGAGUCCCAGACGGCUCCUGCAGCUGCUGCCGUCAAGCAGGACAUUUUGCUACCACCAGGGGAAGCUCUCGAAACAGAGGAGGGUGAGGCAGAGACCAGGGAACCUUUGAAGAAUAACCUGACUGAGGAUAAUGAGAUGGAGGUGAUGGAUGCUCAUGAGGAGGGCGCUCAGACAGAAGAGGCAGACCCUGGGAUGGAAGGCAUGCUGAUUGGCCGGGCGAAGGCAGGUGAGACUCCUCUUGGUCGGAAACUUGAGGAGCCAGAAGAAUAUGAUACAGACGUGCAAGUCGUGGGUGAAAUUGAUUUGGAGAAACAACAGCAGAGCAAACAUGCUGAAAAUAUAGACAAGGAUAUGGAGGAGGAGCUAGCUGACUAUAACGGCGAUGAUGAGAACGAAGGCGAGUUUGAAGCAGACAAACAAGCUGAGCUUGCUCAAAUCUAAGAGCUGGAGUUGCACAAGGAGCCUGCUCACCACACGAGGAAGCAGGACCCCUCACACACCUCAGCACAACACCAGCAUUCAGGUUAACGCAGCCCUCCAAACACAGGCAACACAAAACAAACCCAGAUGCUAAUCUCUAUAAGAAAGACUUGUGACACUUGAUUUCUAAAGCAUUUGCCUCCUGGAAUGUUUUUUUAAUUCAUAAUCUUAAUUGAUUUAUGUGCAUUUGAUUUGAUUAAAUGUUUUCUGUAUUGGAGUAAGAAUAUUUACUAUUCCAUGUUCAACUCACACUAUUGUCAAAGAGCCACAAGAAAAGACUGAAAUAUGCAAAUGUCACACUCAUGGUGUCCAUUCACAUGCAUUUCACUAUAUGCCUAAACCCCCACGGCGCUUUCAUGUUGGAGACUGUGCUCACAUUAAUUUUAGUAUGUUUCGCUGGUAUAGAAGUACUCGGUACUUCAAGUACCAUCACCUACUUAGUUCUAAUGUUCCUUAAACAUCUCAGACAUCUCAAGACCUGACGCCAGUUAGGUUGCAAAAAUGAACACGUCGAAAUCCCUGGAAAUCAGUUGAUUUGGAUUAUGUGAUGUGUUGUUUAUGUUCACGUCAUAUCUUAAAUGAUAAAAGAUAAGUGAGGAUAAUGUGCACACCCUCUUCGGGUUAUGAGGAGUGAAUCUGCAGUAAGUGCAAACCAUCCCAAUGAGAAGUCUGCAGUACAGGCUCAACUGUAUCCUAAAGUUUAGGACCUAAACAUGCCUUAAGUUCCUCCUGUACACAGUCGCUCAUAGAAACUGACUCUGGGUCAGUGGUCAAUGGUCAGUGAACGCAAAUGAGGCCUUCCAGAACUGCAUCAAAUUAAGGAAUUUCGCUGAAUUUCGCAAGUGUGUAAUUGUCAUGCUCAUCAGGAGCUUCCUUUUGAUUCCCAAGUAGUCAAAAAUGCUGUAAAAAGUAAAGUUGUCUGGAACAGACGCUGACUAGCUGUUGUGUUUUAAACAUAUUAUAUUAUAAUUAAUGUAACUUGCCAUUUUUGAUCAAUGAGCAAUCUUUUCUGAAGCGUCACUUUGUUGACGUUUAUUUGGCAUUUUAAUGGCGGCACGGCUUCCUCUCAUUCCACAAAGUGUCUCAAUGUUGAAUGUGAGCUGUGCUCCUCGUUUGUGAUCAGAAGAACAGUUUUAGAUUACAAUGAAGGGAAUAGUGUGGAACUCCUGGGUGACAUUAGGGGAUCAAAUAUCUAAUUGAUUACGCCUUAUUGAUUCUGUGGUCACCAGUUGCUUCUGACACGGUGGAUGUGGAUUGUGGAGGCGUGGCACAUGCUUCCUGACUGUGGACCUUUACUUUGUGGCUGCUGCCUCUGCUCUGCUGAUUCAAAUGGGCCGUAUGUUUUCCUUGAAGUAGAAACCUUGCGUUGUGCUUUCGGGCUCCUGCAGUCCAGCAGACGUGAGCUGCUCCGUAGCCGUGCUGAAAUGUUGACGUCUAUUUCAAUCAAAGCUGCGAUAGACUGGAUAUUGUGUGUGUGUGAGCGCAAACGCAGACUAAUAUUAGGCAUUAGAAAUGAGAAAAAGGUAAAAUUUAGUGGCAGGGAUCUUUUGUUGCCUUGUGUUUUAUACAGGGCAGAUGAUUUGACUCUUUAUAGUUGGUGACUUUGACUGAAUACCCACAGUUACUCAACAUGUUGUGGUUUUAAUCAAACAUGUCCUUGUUUUCAACAUCUUCAAUGCCAUCAAGCUCAGGCUGAAACUGCUCAUCCGCUUUCGUGUCUCAUUACAAUUGAGCUUCCGGGAAUCAGUACAUCUCACACAAUAUAUAAUAAAUAUAUAUAUAUAUAUAUAUAUAUAUAUAUAUAUAUAUAUAUAUAUAUACUCAUAAAGAUGUGAGUUUUCCCAACAUGUGCUGAAUUUGAGCUACAAUGAUAAAAUACAAAAGGCUUGAGAGUUUCCCUUUUGAUGUAGAAGAUUAGCCAUAAAAACAACCCUUGGUUUUAUCGUGUUUAUGCUGUUCAUGACAUAUUUGCUUCAAUUGAACAUUGACUGCUUGAACCCCAUGAAGAGUCUUCAUCAGGUAACUUCUCCUUUGACAAAUUGAAGAAAAUUGUGGUUUAAGAUUACAAACUUUUUCCUGUAAGUAUCCAUAUUAUAGUCUCAAAAGUUCAAAGAUAAUUUCACACCUGAAGUUGUGUCAAUUUUGUUAACUUAUUUUUUAAUUUAUAUGAUGAUUAUGUAAUUAAAUGUGGCCAUCAUGUUUCUAAGUAACCAUACACAUAUAGGAUUGGAGUGCUGAUGACAGAUUCAUGGUUUGAACCAGUCGCACAUCAGCACUUUGUUUUAACUGAUCAAACUCAUUAAAGUGUCUUGUCUGCUU